AAAAAAAAAGCAAAAGAAUCCGUAGAAAAUUUCAAUUUCGUUUCAGCACUCCAGUUUCGAUCGCCAGAAUUAAAAAUAUUAGUUUUGUAGUAGUUUCCAUUCGAUAAUUGUGGUGAAAAUGUCGCGUCUCUGCUCGUGAGUCCAGCUCGCAACCAAUGUCGUAUGUGUAAAGUGUAAAACGCGUAAGGAAAACUAGUGAAUUGAGCGCAAAGAUUGGGGCGUACCGAGAGUUUGGAAGUUCGGUUUUGCUCUGAACAAAAAACGAUGAGCUCCGGAAGCCACGAUUCCGCGAUAAUCGCUGCGGUCACUCGAAAAUUCCGCACAGGCGAAUCUGUUCUGGCUAUCUUUGAAGUGUACCAAAUCCUCGGAAGCAAGCACCAGAACCAAUUGCUGGUCAUCGUCAGUUCUAAUUGUACUUCGGCACUGUUUGCUUUCUCGAUUUCCCGCUAUCCGCCUGAGACCAUUUCCGAUUUGACUGUUGUGGCCGUUUAUGCGAUCGAUGACUCAUUUUGGAUAAAUCCGGAAUCGGGAGGCCAUGGGUCUAUAUCCAGCCAUCAGUGCACCGUAUUUUCACACGAUGAACCUACGGUGUAUUAUUACCAAGGCACCCCGGAUGCCAUUGUCUCGCGAGAUAAUUUUAUCAGCAAGUUAAAAAGCCUGAUUUCCACUUACAAGAGCGCCUCGUCGCAGGCCGCUACCGUUUCAAUUUCACUGGAUUUCACGUGGUUGGAUUACUAUAAACGGGCUGACAUGUUGGCCAUCGAUCGCAGCAUAGCCGAGGGCAGCCAAGCUCCUAAAUCGAGAGAUUCGAAAUUCAAGGAAGAGCUGGAACGCCGACGACACGAAUAUAUUGUAUAUGAACCGUAUAAGAUCUACACAGCCACAUGGAAUGUGAAUGGGCAAACUUCGGAGAACAUUGAACUACCGGAGUGGCUCUCGACUACGGAAGAUCCACCGGAUAUCUAUGCGGUCGGCUUUCAGGAAAUCGAAUGGACGCCGGAGAAGAUCAUCAUGAACGAAACCAAAAUCGAUCGCACCUGGGUUGACAAAGUUAUGAGUGGCCUGCAUAAUGGAGCAGAGUAUGAGGAGGUUGCCUCUGUUCGUUUGGUGGGAAUGAUGCUCACGGUUGCGGUGAAGAAAUCGUUGCGCGAUCGAAUUUCAGAUUGUCUAACAGCUGCGGUUGGAACAGGGACUCUUAAAUGGGGAAACAAGGGUGGUGUCGGAGUGAGCUUCCAAAUGAAUGAGGCUCUUUUUUGUUUUGUCAAUACUCACCUGGCAGCACACACACAGGAAGUGGAACGACGAAAUGAGGACCAUGAUGAAAUUAUCCGGAGGAUGUCCUUCGAGAAGACAUUCCGAGGUCGUUCUAUCGACGAACAUCAUCACAUAUUUUGGAUCGGCGAUUUGAACUACCGACUCAGUGGGGAUGUCUCGCAAGAGGCAGUGAACCUGAAAGAUGGUGACUAUAAUCAACUGUAUCCGUUUGAUCAGUUGUACGUGGAAAAGCUGCGGAAACGGAUCUUCCGCGGGUACAAUGAGGGCAAAAUAUUGUUCUGCCCCACGUACAAAUACAACCCCGGAACGGACGAUUGGGACAGCAGUGAGAAGAGUCGAUGUCCAGCUUGGUGUGAUCGAGUUCUGUGGAAGGGUCAGCGAAUGGAGCUGCUCAAGUAUGACAGUGUGAUGCAGUUGAGAAGGAGUGAUCAUAAGCCAGUGUACGCUGUGUUUAAUGUCGAUGUUGAAACUAAAGAUGACCACAAGUUCAAGAGAGUCCAUGAGGAAGUAUUAAAAACAGUCGACAAGUAUGAAAAUGACAACCAACCUCAGAUAACGGUCGAGCAAACGGAUUUGGACUUUGGCCUGAUCCGUUUCAACGAGAGAUAUUCCCGCGAACUACUGGUGGCCAACAAUUGCCAUCUGCCGGUGCAGUUUAACUUUUCCGCCAAAGACGACCGCAACAGCAGCGUGUGUGAAGAGUUCAUUCACAUCAGCAAAAAAUCUGGCGAACUAUUGACUGGCGAUAGCCGAAGCAUACGAAUAGACAUCUUCAUCGAUGCAAAGGCUGCAUCGAAAAUGUUGAAGAAACUGAAGGAUGCCAAAGCCGGCGUUAAGAUCCCUCUGGACAUUCUGGUGCUACACGUGAAGAACGGACGGGAUAUUUUCAUCACCAUCUUCGGAGAGUACAAAUCCAGCUGCUUCGGGCUUUCUCUGGAUACGUUGAUAAAAUUGACCAAACCGGUUUUCGAGUACGAGAUCAACGAACUGAUCGCAAUGGAGAGAGAGGAGAAGCUAGUUGAUUUGAACAAUAGUACCGAUCUUAAAGUACCACGGGAAAUAUGGAGGUUGAUAGACUAUCUGUACACCGAGGGCAUGGACACACAUCAGUUAUUCGUAAAUCGAGCCUACGGCCAACAUGAAAACAUCGUGGAAAUCCGUGAUUGGUUGGACAGCUGGUCUUCAGCACCUUGUCCGGCAACUCCGAAAACUGCGGCGGAAGCUCUGCUGAUAUUUCUAGAAUCUCUUCCAGAACCAUUGGUUACCAUCAGCGAGCGGGAAUGUAUAGUCAACGCAGAUAACUACGAGCGCUGCCGGGAACUGAUCCGAGUUAAGCUAAAGCCGGUCAACAGGAUUAUUUUCUUGCACAUUUGCUUGUUUCUUAUUGAGCUUCAGCGAAAGAAUCCGAGCGUACGUUUGAAUAAUUUAGCAACCACCUUUGGACGGAUAUUGAUUCGAAGUCAACUAACCCCUGGCCGAACUCCGACCGGCAAUGACGUGUACGCCUACACCGAAGGGGAACGGGAUCAGCGGCGGCGCUUCAUGAUGACCUUCUUGACCAACAACAACGGUGUGCAGGAGUUUGCCCGAGCGGAAAUGAACGGAACUGGAAUGUAGACGACGUUUCUGGAAAUUUGUUUCAGUAAACUGGAGUGUCUGAAUGUGAAACAUUUGUGUACGAUCGUACUUUUGCGAACAAAGCAAUAACUGCAUUGUCAUAACGUAAUUUGCUCCAACAACGUGCAGUGCCUGAUAGUGGACCUUUUAUGGGAUAUUUAUUUGUCUGUAAAGGCGUUUCAUAAACAAGUUUUGAUGAAAAUAUUCCGUUUUUAUCAUUGUGGGCACCUUCACAUAUCUGUCCGUAAAAUUGUACAAAUAUUGUUCUACACCAAAAUGAAUUUAUUAUCGUCUUAGGUCCAAUAUGGGCGACUAUUCAUGGUACAUUGUUUUCGGUUGGAGCGUAUUUCAGGGUGACAAUUGCGUUAACUUAAUGAUUCAAAGUCUGGGAAAUUUAUUCCGUACUUUAGAAAAAAAAACACCUGAAGUGAUUAGCAGAAAACAAAAAUACGAUUAUAGUUCACUGUCUGUGUCGUGUAAUAUAUACCUAGUAAGUGGGAACGCAAAAGAGAACAAACAAUAAAAGUAAUAGCGCAUUUCAGCGUUACCACCGAU